GAGCGAUCCACAAGAUGACGAUCUGAUGGAGCUGUUCGAGCUGGGAACCGCCGAUGAGCAGCUUGACAUCAGCAGCUUCCCUUUAGCCCAGGCGCAAGACGAUGGUGGCGAUGAAGCCAAUGAGUAUGAUAAUUUGGCGAGAGCAGCCGGCGGCGGCGGCGGCUACAUGGAAGAGGCUGAUCACUUACUGUCCUACCACAGCAGCAGCAGUGCCGCGGAUGUGGAGGUCGACAUGGACGUGGAUAACGAUGCAGUUAGUUUGCUGAUGCCAGAGCUCGACAGUGCCACGGAUCUCGAUUGUGGCAACUUUGUCGAUUACGAUGAGUUCAAUCUGUGUCUGAACAACAUACUCAGCGAGGAGGAUGAUGACAGCGGCGGUGGUGGUGGUGGCGUCGGCGGCGGCGGUGUUGUCGGUGGCAAUGGCAAUGGUGGCGGCAUAGCCAGCAAGCAUCAGCAAUGGCGCGAUGCCAGCGAUGUGCUCAAUAUUGUGCAACUCAAUAACGAUCUGGGCCUGAGUUUCCAGGAGUUUGUCAGCGAAACGACGGCCGAUGAGCAGCGGUCCGUCAGUAGCAGUUCGCCGCAACUGGCAUAGUGGGCCGCCACUGUGCCACACAUCCGUCAAAUCCACUGCUACCUGUAUAUAUCACACAGACACACGCACUGAUACUGAACGCUUUCGUUUGUAAUUUAUAGUCGUAAUUUUCGUUGAAGAAUAUAGUUUUUUGUAUAGUUAGUGGUAGCCACAAGUUGCAAUAAUGUUGCAUCUCAUAGCGAGCAACAUCACACACACACACCCAACACCCAACAUCCAAAUCGAAGUUAAAACAGACAGAAAAGAUGCAUAAGCCGAGCGUAUCGUAUAUAUGUUUUUCUGCUUUUCACUUUUUCUGUUUUUCUCCCUUACGAUCAACUACUUUCAAGACCCGAGCUUAACGCUAUUCCCAUCAUCUAGCACUAUUUAACCCCCAGAACCACGAUCCACCCAUUGGAAAUGAAAUGAUUUGCUAGUCAACGUGAAAACAGGCAAUUUAUGUAUAGCUCUAGCUCCGAAGAGAGGAAAUUUUGAACAAAUUAGUUGAAUAUAUACUUUACAUACACUUGGGGGAGCUCCACUCCAACACACCCACACCCACACAUUAAACUCAACAACGCGUAGCACACAUAUAAGUAACACUAGGCAAAAAAGUAGUUGGCAGAACGGAAGCUUCAUCUACUCUUCACAACCCCACCAGCCAGCCCCUAUGCAUAGUUUUGAUUUCCAUUUAACCGAAUCCGAAUCCGUUUGUACAUAUCUAUAUAUAUUUUGUAUUUUAGUUAUUCUUGAUGCAACAUGAACACAUUUCUAGCUUUUAGGUUGUCCUUACAUUUACGCACUGCUGCUGGGAAAGAGCAGAGGUUUUGCAUUAGGUUUUCUAAUUUUUCUAACAAUUAACAUACGAUUAUGCAUAGAGAGAGAGAUGCAGUUGCAGAAGCAGAAUACAGAUCAGAUAUAGCCUAUCUAUACAUAUAUAUAUAUAUAGUUUCUGUAAGCUUGCGUUGUUUCGAAAAUUUGUUUUUUAGUUUUAAAUGCUCUAGCGCCUAAGGACAGUAAUAAUUACGAUAUUUCUUUACAACCAACCAACCAAGCAACCCCCAAUAUAUGCACAUGGAACCGAAAACCCCUAUGCAGUAAGUUAGUCAAAAAUGUAAAAAGGCCAAGCACCACAAAAAAAUUAAUGAGAAAAACACACAAAAAACAGACAAAAAACAACAAAAAAAAGUACACGAACAUGAACAAGAAAAAAAGCGGAAAAGCAAAAUGAAAAUUAUGGAAAGCUAGUAUUUGUCGUUUUGCAAAAGUGAAUGAAAAUAUAUAUAUAUAUAUAUAUAUAUAUAUAUAUAUACAGAAAUCGUACCGUAUAUAAUGUUAUAUAUUUUGCAUAAAACGUGAAUAGCAAACGAGACGACACAAAAAAUAUAAAGUUGUAUUGUAUAUAAGGCAGGCUCUAUUUUUGCUAAAUGUUAUUUGAACAAAUAGGGAAAACAAACAAAAAAUAAAUAAAAACAACUCAGUAAAGUAAAUGAAGCAAAUGCAAAAAGCGCUAGACACAAAGCAACAAUUAUAUAUAUAUAUAUAUUUCUUCACACGCAUAUAUAUACUGUUCAAUAUUAUUAUUAUCUUAUAUAUAUAUAUAUAUUGUAUGAUUGCUAUAUAAAAUAGUUCUUUUGAUA